UUUCAACUAUCCAAAUGUUUGCUGUGACCUACAUAUAUCGUCUUUCCUAUUAAUUUUCUGUUUCAAGAUGUCAUCCCCUCCCCACUCAGAAUACCUUCAUUAUCAGGAAAUCUUCACUGAGCAUCUCCAAUGUGACUCUGCUUCUAGUCUGUCAUGUUAGAUCAAGUCUCAUUUAUCUUUGAGUGGUUGUUUUCCACUAGAUUGUGAGUUCCACCACGACUGGAGCCACUGUCCCCAGGGCUCCACAGGGAUCUCAUUGCCAAGCAGACAGUAUUUGCUGAAUGAACAAAAUCAGUGAAUGAAGGACAGAUGAGUUUAAAAUGACUGAAACAACCCUCUUCAUCCUGUUUCACUGUCACCUGAGUGAAAGAAGGUGGCCACACCCACAGGUCUGUGCCCCUGAGAGUCUGCGCACAGCUGCCUGAGGGCUGGGAACAGGGUGGAGGGAGCUGAUGGGGUCCCCCCUCCCAGGCCUCCUCUCCAUGGCCAACUCUGGCCUGAACACCAACGGCUCCCAGUUCUUCCUGACCUGUGACAAGACAGAGUGGCUGGAUGGCAAGCACGUGGUGUUUGGGGAGGUCACCGAAGGCCUGGAUGUCCUGUGGCAGAUCGAGGCCCAGGGCAGCAAGGACGGGAAGCCAAAGCAGAAGGUGAUCAUCUCCGACUGUGGGGAGUACAUGUGAGGCGCCACCCCGCUCCCUCUCUGCUCCUGCCUGUGUGUCUGGGCUGGCACGGAGGGUGUCCUGUGUGAAGCAGACGGCACAGGGUCUCAGUUCCUCCUUGGGGCCAGCUCGGAGCAGCUCCUCCGCAGCGCGGCCUGGACUUGCUCUGGGUUCCUACAGGUGCGCUGUGGGCCUGGGAGCCAGCGCAGGUGCCGCCCUCCCCACCGUGGACAGCUGAUUGUCCCCUGGCUUUCCCAGCGUGCGGUGCCAGGACCUGCCCUGGCCCAUCUGAGGAUCCUGGACACUUUCUCUGCUAAAAUAAAUCCUGAUUCUUAUA